AUGUCAAACAAUUGGACGUAUUUGAUAACAAUUAGUGCCAUUUUGCUGCUGCUAAAGGAAACCCAAGCGGAUGUGUCGCAUUUCUUUGCGGCACCCUCCGAGUACGGCAGUUAUCUGCAUGGACAAGUCCCCUUUCAACUGGCAAGUUGGCCACAAUCUGCUCUAUAUGGACCACCACCUCCACAAGCAGUUGGUGGCCCGGUGACUCCCGCACCAGUGGCAGUGGUAACUCCUGCCACGACUGAGUUUAGUCUGCCGGAGAUCAUUGAUAAUCGCAGCUUGAAGACUGCUAGCCAAGGACAUGGCUCCUUUAUACCCCUAAGUCAACACUAUCUGCCACCCAGCAAUGAAGAGCGACCCAACUUUGAGAGUCCCAAGCCAAGCGAUGAGUUCGCUGGCUAUUAUUAUCCACAGCCCAGUGCCAGCAGCACUACGCAUUUUCCCACGACAAGGACAACAACAACGACAACCACAACAACGCCUCGUCCCAUAAUUGUGCAGGAGCCGGGCGAGGAUAAUGAGGGGGAGCUAGUGUCGCCGGUUGGCUAUGAUUAUCAUGCACCACCGCAGCGUCCGUCGACUCCUGCACCCGUUUAUCUUCCACCCGCUGAGCAUAAUCCGGAGCAGCAGCAACAGUUGCGCCUGAAGCUGAAGGAUAUGCGCUGCCUGCAAGGCGCCUACUUUCGAGCAGUGCUCAAGUUGGACAGCUUUUUGGGUGCAGCGCCAGUGUUGGACAACGACAACACCGAUGACGCUUUUCAGGGUAAACACUGCGAGCUGAAACUAUCACGCAGUUUUCUGCUUUUGGACAUUGCUGGCUCCGAUUUUGAGCGUUGUGGCGUACGCUCCUGUGGCCAGGAGGAUUUGUGCCUGCGUCUGCGCUUCCCAGCUAUAAGGGGACUACGCACUGGCAGCGACUCCAUUCUAACGCUGCACUGCAAGACCCAGGAGCGUGUCGCGGUCAAAACACAUGCCCUGAAAAUGGGCGUGGCCAAUGAUGUACAGGCACGCAGCGCUGGCAGCUAUGCUCAUGGUGGCAAUCAGAAUGCCUUUCGCACCCAUGUGGAGCUGCUGAGAAGGGGCUCGAAUGGAUAUACGCGACAUCUGGAGAGCAAUGGCGCCGUGCAGCUGGGCGAGGAGCUGCUGCUGCGCGCACAUGUCCUUGCUGGCGAUGGCUGGAACUAUACCAAGCUCAGUGAUGUGCAACUUCAGCGCAUCUCAUCCACCGGCGAGCUUUUGAAUAGCGCUCAGCUAAUCACUCCACGCGGCUGCCUCAAUCCGGCCAUGCAGAGCAUUUGUGCCCAUCCACCCAGCUCGGAGUUGCCUUUGGGCCAGCGACUGCACUUCAGAGCCGUCAUGUUUCCGGGCAUGCACAGCGGCGAUGUUCUGGUCAUGUCCAUGCGCAUAACGGGCUGUCUGGAGCGCGAGGAUUGCCAGCCAACGGCGCAGGACUGUCUGCCUGGCGUGGCACAGCGUCGGAGACGGGAUACUCUACACAAUACACCGGGCAAUGGCACCGAGGCAUCGGAAUUAUCUCACAUUAUGUUCAGGGUGAUUAUGCCGAAUAUGGAGCUGCAGGACGAGCCGCCAAUUGUGCGUGAUUUGAACAAUGAGAAUGUGGUGGAGAGAUCCAAGUCAAUCGCUUUGUUUGGCAGUGUGGGUUUUGUGGUGCUGCUUUUGGCUGUUGCCGUUCUAGCCCUUUACAAGAUGGGCAGAUAGUUAAAAUGUAGUAGAAUAUAUGACAUAUCAGAAAGAGCAGAGAGUGUGGAAAGCUAGCUAAAGA